AUGUCAGUGCAAGCCCAAUUUGACAAAGCUGUCGCCCUCGUUCAAGGUCUUCCUAAAGACGGACCCGUUCAACCAUCUCAAGAGGAUAAACUCGCUUUCUACGGUGCCUACAAACAAGCAAACGAAGGUGAUGUCUCUGGACCCGCACCAGGUAUGUUCGACUUUGUCGGUAAAGCCAAAUACAAGGCCUGGAAAGAGCUUGAGGGAAAAGACAAAGAUGAAGCCAAGAAAAGAUACGUCGAAUUACUCAAAGCUAUGCUCCAAAAGCAAGAUGACGAGGAGUCAAAGAAAUAUCUUGCCGAGCUCGAGGGUGAGUGGCCAGAUUCGAUUGUUCCAAGCUUGUUUAUAGCUGCCUACUUACCUUUUUGUUCAUCAGCUGCCGCUUAG